CGGACUUCGAGUGACGUUUUUCAAUGAACGUUUUUUGGUGUUGCUAGGUCGAAAAAUAUUUGAUCCCUGCCUGUUAAUAAUUUGACAAUCUCAACCAGGGAAUACUUGAUAGAUGCAUAUGUCACUGAGAAGAACACUUGAAACAUCUCAAUGCAUAAUCAAACCGAUUACAACAUUGUUUGCCUCUUACACGGGUAAUUAUUUUUGUCACAGACACGUGGAAUGCAUUUUUACCUAAUUUACAAAUUCUAGUCCAUAUAAAAGACCCUUUCGCUGAUCUGACAAACCACACACAGCAAGAUGUUGUUCUUCAAAGCAGUUCUCGCUUGUGGAUUUGUCGCUGUAGUUCCGACUGUCAGUAACCAAGCUGUCCCCUCUACUUCUACAUCACCAAUAUGGAACUCCUCUCCAUCAGGAUCAGGCAAGAACAUACAAGACAGCUUCAAUUAUCCAACUAGAUGGGUCAGCUCUGCAGGUAACAAGAUCAUCAGUGAUGGAAUCCAAAGAGUAGCGGAUACCGGGAAAACGAUUGCCAAACCAGUUAUCAGCUUGGUAACCAUUCCUUUCAAGAUUGCAGGCGGUUUUCUCAAGGGCGUAACCAGUAUUGGUAAUAAUAACUAUGAAACAAUUCCUGGAAAGAAAUGGGUUGAGACCACGACAAAACCUUGGGCAGAUAAUUAUCACAAAACUGGAGAGACUGGUACCCACAAAGGAAGCGGCUACGGAAACGGUGGCUGGAAUUAUCCGAGCAGUUCAGGUCACCCUGGAACCAAAUUGCCGAGCAGACCAGACCAAACUGGAACCGGAUGGACGAACGGUCAACACAAGGGAACUGACGUGACUGGGAAUACAGUCGUAGCCAUCUUACCUCCGGCCACUUCUACUUCAGGUAUUGGUAAUAAUAACCAUGAAAUAAUUCCUGGAAAACAAUGGGUUCAGACCACGACAAAACCUUGGGCCGAUAAUUCUCACAAAACUGGAGAGACUGGUACCAACAAAGGAAGCGGCUACGGAAACGGUGGCUUGAAUUAUCCGAGCAAUUCAGGCAGCACUGGAACCAAAUUGCCGAGCAGUCCAGACCAAACUGGAACCGGAUGGACGAACGGUCAACAAAAGGGAACUGAUGUGGCUGGGAAUACAGUCGUAGCCAUCUUACCUCCGGCCACUUCCACUUCAGGUAUUGGUAAUAAUAACCAUGAAACAAUUCCUGAAAAGAAAUGGGUUGAGACCACGACAAAACCUUGGGCAGAUAAUUCUCACAAAACUGGAGAGACUGGUACCAACAAAGGAAGCGGCUACGGAAACGGUGGCUGGAAUUAUCCGAGCAGUUCAGGUCACCCUGGAACCAAAUUGCCGAGCAGUCCAGACCAAACUGGAACCGGAUGGACGAACGGUCAACAAAAGGGAACUGACGUGGCUGGGAAUACAGUCGUAGCCAUCUUACCUCCGGCCACUUCCACUUCAGGCAAGACUUCAAGCUCUGGUGAAGCGGCUUCAAUCGAUGAGAAUAAACAGAAAUCAGAUUAAGAUCCUGUUCUAGAACCGUCAAAAACACAAAGGCAUUUAACUUUGGAUUUGACCAUUAGUAAUAACAUAGAAAAAAUGUAUUUAACAUAAAACAUAUUUAGUAGUUCAAUAA